UCUUCUGCAUUACCAUUCAAUAGCAAAUUCAGGGAACGAAUUUUUAGAAAGAGAAAGGGAGAGAAGUUUAGAUAAAGAAAGAUUUUUGAAUUGUGGCGACCGAAGACCCAGAAGGAGAGACUCGCAACGGUCGUCUCCAGGUAUUUCUGUCAUCGUUUUGGGCGAGUCUUGGAGGGGUUUUUGGUAGUCAGAACAUCAAUCAAGAAGAAAAAGAAGAGGAUUUAGAAAUGGCUUCAAAAGCUGUUGUUCAAGAACAACCCAGAGGCAACAAUCUUGGAGGAAAGCAAAAGAACGUACAAGGAAGAAAUCGGCGAGCUCUCGGAGACAUUGGAAACCUUGUUUCAGCUCCAGCUGUUGAGGGGAAGCCUCAAACUCAGAUCUCUCGGCCCAUAACAAGAAGCUUUUGUGCUCAAUUACUUGCAAAUGCACAAGCCGCUGCUGAGAAGAACAGUAAGAAACCACUAGCACAAAUUGUCAAUGGAGUCGUGGGAAAAGAGGGUGUUCCGAUAGCCGCAACUCAGAAGAAAGAAUUUGUCAAGCCGAAGAAGGAAGCUGUAAUUGUCAUUAGUCCUGAUGAAGACGAGAAAAGCCAGAGGACUGCAAGAAAAUCAUCAAAGAAGACCGGAAAAACUCUGACUGGGACCCUCACUGCUCGAAGCAAGGCUGCUUGUGGAAUUACCAAGAAACCAAAGGAUCCAAUAGCAAACAUUGAUGCAGAAGAUGUGGAUAAUGAAUUGGCCGCUGUGGAGUACGUUGAGGAUAUCUACGAGUUCUACAAAGUUGCAGAGGAUGAUGCCCGAGUUGGUGAUUACAUGGAUUCGCAGCCAGAAAUCAAUUCUAAAAUGAGAGAGAUCCUUGUAGACUGGUUGGUUGAAGUUCACAAGAAGUUUGAACUGAUGCCUGAAAGUUUAUACCUCACAAUUAACAUAGUAGACCGUUUUCUUUCGACGAGGACUGUUCGAAGAAGGGAACUUCAGUUGGUUGGCAUCAGCUCUAUGCUAAUUGCCUGCAAGUAUGAAGAGAUAUGGGCACCAGAGGUAAAUGAUUUCAUAGCUAUAUCAGACAAUGCUUAUAUCAGGGAGCAAGUUCUUCUAAUGGAGAAAGCAAUUCUUGGGAAAUUGGAGUGGUAUUUGACAGUUCCAACUCCAUAUGUCUUUCUGGUUCGAUACAUCAAGGCAUCUUUCAAGGCUGAUGAACAGAUGGAGAGCAUGGCAUUUUUCUUUGCUGAACUUGGUUUGAUGCACUACUCAACCAUCAUCCAGUAUUGCCCCUCAAAGCUUGCCGCAGCUGCAGUCUAUGCAGCCCGAUGCACUCUUAACAAAACUCCCAUUUGGAAUGAAACUCUUAACCACCAUACAGGCUACAGUGAAGAUCAGCUGAUGGAGUGUGCAAAAUUCUUGGUCCAAAUCCACUCUGGUGCAGCGGAAAAUAAGCUCAAGGCAGUUAUGCGGAAAUAUUCGAAUCCAGAUAAGGCUGCUGUUGCUCUUUUUCCACCAGCAAGAAAUCUACUUCUUCCAGCUUGAUAUGUUGGAAUGUCUGAGAUCAUUUUACUGACAUGAUCUAUCUCUCUUUAAGUUUUAGGUCACCAUGUUUUUCUCAGUUUGUAGGAAUUGUUUCUAAGUUGUUCUGAUUUACUUCCAGUAAAAUCAAUGAUGUGUAACUACAAAAAAUGCAUCUUUAAUUAGAGUGUGGCACUUGUUGAA